GUAUAGUCGAGCGGAGUCGGGUAGCCCUUCGCGAGGGAAAAAAAUAGAAAAAAAUUGAGGGAAAAAAAAUCGGUGAAUCCAAGGGGUUCGGGCGGAUUUGGACGAAGUUUCCGAACUGUCCCGGCCCGGAGGAGCCCUGGGGGUUGAAAGGGAAUCGCCAGCACCGAAAUAAUGGAAGAUUCCCAUUUCAACUCAUCAUACUUUUGGUCUCCCGUACCAACAGUACAAGGACAGAUUGAGAACGCCAUGUUUCUGAAUAAGAUGAAAGAGCAGCUGGGGCCAGACAAGGGCACUGCUUUUCCUCACUCAUCCGCGGCGCAUUACCCCACCGCGGUGCUGACGGUGCCAGGCUCAGUCUCCAUGGACACAGGCGCCAUCGGGAGGUUGCCGAAGCAGGAGGGUGGAGGAGGAGGAGGCGGGACAUCAGGGGCGCAAAUAACUGGAUUGGGAUCACACCUGCACCCACCUCACACAUCCCAGAACAUCACGGUGUUGCCCGUCCCGUCUACUGGCAUCAUGACGGCAGCGGGGUUAGUGAUCACGACUCCUCAGGGGGCGCUGGUCACUCCUUCGGCCUCCUCUCAGUCUUUUGUUUCUGGACCGCCCACAACAACCAUGAUUGUGUCCGCUUUGCACCCGUCAAACACAGAGGCUGUCCGGCCCCCUUCCCUCUAUCUCCACAGCCACUACAAGAAAGAAGAUGGCAGUGUUCCACCUGCUGUAGUCAUGCCGCUUCCCUCAAAGCGGGGCAGAAAGAAAAAGUCCAUGAUGCCGAGGGCAGGUCCGGUUUCUGCCCACGCACUUGCCACAGGAAGUGAUGCGCUGAUUCUUGCACACCUGGCCGCGGGGGGACAGCAUAACACAAGUGACCCGUACGACCUUUCCAAUGAUGAGGAUGAUCAUCAAGGCAAAGAUGGGAACAAGUCCUACAGGUGUCGGAUGUGUGCGGUGACGUUCUUCAGCAAAUCAGACAUGCAGAUUCAUGCCAAGUCACACACGGAGGCGAAGCCACACAAGUGUCCUCACUGCUCCAAAUCCUUUGCCAACUCCAGCUAUCUGGCGCAACACAUCCGCAUCCACAGUGGCGCCAAACCCUACACCUGCUCCUACUGCCAGAAAACCUUCAGGCAGCUCAGCCAUCUACAACAGCAUACACGAAACCACACCGAGGGCAAGCCACACAAGUGUCCCCACUGCUCCAAAUCCUUCGCCAACUCCAGCUACCUGUCCCAGCACAUGCGCAUCCACAACGGCGCCAAACCCUACACCUGCUCCUACUGCCAGAAAACCUUCAGACAGCUCAGCCACUUACAGCAGCAUAACAGGAUUCAUACUGGCGAUCGGCCAUACAAGUGUUCCCAUCCCGGCUGUGAGAAAGCUUUUACCCAACUAUCCAACCUCCAGUCUCAUCGAAGACAGCACAACAAGGAUAAGCCAUACAAAUGUCACAAUUGUAACCGUGGCUACACAGAUGCAACCAGCUUGGAGGUUCACUUGUCGACACAUACGGUUAAACACGCCAAACUCUUCUCCUGUGGCCUCUGCAACCGCUCCUACACAUCUGAGACGUACCUGAUGAAACACAUGAGAAAACACAACCCAGACGCUCUGACGGUAGCAGCUGCAGUGGCUGCCCAGCAAUCCCAGCAGGGCCACAAUCCGGCUCAGCCCUCGGGCGCAGGAAGUGGCAGGGGUCGCGGGCGAGGAAGGGGGGCCGGAGCUGCAGCGGCGCAAGCACAGAACCGGCCCAACCCCGCACCACCAACCAGUUACUCUGUUACAGAGGGAAUACCCUGCCCCUUCGACCUGCAUCAGUACAAGACCGUGUCGGCUGGAGAGAUCCAGUACAAACCGGUCACCGUGGCCGACCUGACGGCCCACAAAGACCUCUGCCUCACCGUCUCCACCUCUGCCAUCCAGGUGGAGCACAUGAACUCGUAGAGGAACUUGAGGAGAACGAGAGCGAGGAGGAGGGAUGAGGAGAAAUGGACCAUGAAUAGGGAAGGAAAUAAAACACUGCCUUGGGACAGAUGAAGAUUUCCAAACUGGCAGGAGGAAAGGGCAGGUUUGCAAAUUAAGGAGAAAAGGAGAGAUGAAGGAGAGGAGCGCAUGAACUCUUAUGAGUUGUCUUUCUUUAGACUUACUCUGCAGUGUCACAAAAAAGGCCUUAAACUUUCAUAGUGGCCAUUUUCAGUUAGAAGCUAUUGAAAUAUACAAUUCCCAGCCCCAGUGCUGUUCCUUUUUCAACUUUAGAGCGCCCCAGUCGGGUUAUGGAGGUAAAAAUCCCAUUUGUGUUCUUCAUAUGAGAAUUGAUUUUGAUAAAUGCUCUUUGUUAAAGACAGUGCAACUGUGAGCUACAAGAUUGUUAAAGGGAUAGUUCACCCAAAAAUGAAACUUUUGUCAUCAUUUAUUCUCCGUCAAGUUGUUCCAAAACCUUUUUGUUGAACACCAAAGUAGAUAUUUUAAAAAAUGUCACAAGACAUUUGCUAGUAGCCAUUGAUUUACAUUGUAUUUGUAAGUCAAUGGCUACCGGCAACUCUUUGGUCACCAUGAAUAAAACUGAUAGUAAUUGAUUUGCAUGAUAAUUUUUAAUGAUUCAAUUUCAGAAUUACAAAGAAAAUAACGAAGCACCAUCAGUGGAGAAAGGAUUUUCUAAUUUAUUUUACAUUAGUGAUUUUUUUUUUUUUUCUGUACAUGGCACAUUUUUACAUCACUUCUAAGAGGAACGAAAACAAAGGUUAAUUUUGUUGCAGGGAUUGUGUGAGAUUGACUGAAAAGGACACUAGCUUAAUGGGUGAUAAAGAUAAAGGUUACGAAUGCCAGCAAACGAAGACUAGCACGUGCUUUUAAAUCCAGCAAGCUGAAUUAUUUUCUAAUUGAUAAUGUUACAAACGCUAGUAAACUAGAAAAUAUGCAAAAACUCCACCAAAUGAAUUCUACAUAAAUGCAAGUGCAGCAGGUUUAUAGUAAUAGUUCACCCAAAUCAAGUUAAAUUACUGAUCUGUAUGACUUAUGAAGUUUAAAUGCCUUUUAUGACACUGCUUUGCAGGCCUGCUGAUUGACAUUUCUAGCAAACGUGCAACAGGUUUGUCACUAUCAGCCGAGACCGAGAGGUGGCUAAGACUGCACUAAAGGGGGAGAAGGAUAAACAGAAGCUAAUGGUUUAUGGGAGAUGGCACUUAAAUGAACUUUUUUAUUCAUCGUUUCAGUUUUCGUCAUGACUUUUUAGCCAUUUAUCACAUGUAUUUUUCUAUUGUCCUUGUGUUUGUAUGUGUUUGAGUGUACGAAGGGUUGGUUGAAAGAGCAUGUAAGAGAACAUUUAAAGAUGAGAAUGUGUGAAAACAUUUAUAAAGUUGUCUUUUUUUGAAGAGUUUAGUCGUUUUAUAUUUUCUCCCCACAAAGAGUCUUUUUUUCCGGAGGGAAAAAGCAUAGACAACGAUUUGGUUACCAGGUACUAUUUAGUAGAGUUUUUUUUAAAACCUUUAAUAAUACCAGUUAUUAUAUUAACUUUGUUUUUUAUGCAUUUAUUAUUAUCAUCAUUAUCCAUUGGGAGUUACUCUGUGUGCGCGCGCGCGCGUGUGUGUGUGUCCGUGUGUGUGUGUGUGUAUAUAGAGAGCGAUAACAUGUUCAUUCAAAAAGGGAAGGACUAUCUUUCUGGUCCAGCUGAAAUGUGAUUUUUUUAAAAAAUGUAUUAAAGGCAACAUUAGAGAUCAGAGUAUGGGAUGUUAACAUAUUGCUAAACCAUCCCAUCCCUGACCUACAUGAUGAAAUCUGUCUCCAGUAAGCAGCCAAGUGAUUGGCUGAUCCUCCACAUAUAAACUUGAUGUAUCCAUAUAUGUCUUUGGAAAAUAACACGGUUCUCAAUAUUAUUAUUAAUGUUACUUCUGUCACUUCUGAUAUUAACUGCUCUUUAAGAUGACUUUGCUGUAUAGAUCAACAUUCAUUCAUUUUGACGUAACUGUUUCUCCUAAUAUGAACAAUAAAAAAUUAUAAACAUUUUAAA